CACAAGGGCUUUUGCUGCUGUUUUGAAAAACGUUCAUGUCAGGAACAGCGAAAGAUGAAUUGUGCCCUUGAAAGAACCCAUAGCAAUACUCUCAAAGUCACAGUCUGGGAAAAAGAUUCUGUUUCCCGUAAGUCUUUGGGAGACAACAAUUUCAAAGCGUCUUCAAACGUCUGUAAAUUGUCUUCUCUUGCUUGGCGGAACUCUGAUCAGAAUAGGUGUGCUGUCUUGAAGUUCCUUGUGCUGAAACAUAAUGGACACUGGAGAAUUGCCACACUGCCGUUGCAACACCCUGAGCACACAAUCCAUCUUGGAUCUGGGUCUCAGGUAAAGAUGGAUGGUCUCCAUUUGGUUUCUCCAUCACCUGUUAGUUCAGUCAGGGCUGAUCAACAAAAGGGAAGGAGAGGGCCCACAAGUGAGAGGGGCUCCUCUAUCAAACCAUUUACUGCUACAAGAUUUGCUGAGUCAAAUACUCAGUCUCGAAAUAAAGGGUUUCCUAACAAAGUGAGUAGAUGCAAUAUUUUGCCCGCUGAUCCUUCUUGCCAGACUUCUUUCAGUAGCAGUGAUUCCAGUGUUAGUAUUCCAACUGGCUCCAAUGCUAGUAAUGCUUCUGAUACUCAUAUUGCUAUAUCUAAAAUAGACGAGUCUACAAAACGAAAUCCGAAAAAGAAGGCGAGAAAGAAGGCAAAUCGAAACAAAAGGCCUGGCUUAACUAACUUGGAAUGUGUUCGUGGAAGUUCAACAUUUGAAACUGGUUUCACUAAGAAUACAGAUUAUGCGAUUGCAUCACUUCCAUAUGCAACGAGAUUGGCAGUUUUAUCACCUCAGACUAAUGGCAGUGGCAGCGAUUUGGAAGGAAAUAGUAGUGGCAAUAUCAUCUUUUCGGAAAGCCCAAAAUUAUGUACAUCUUACAUUGAUGAAGGUGAUGUGUUGGAAGUUAAGCUUAUUGGAGAGCACUGUUCACCAACUGAAAAUGGGGUUGUAGCCGAUUUUCCAGAGUUUUCUAUCAUAGGUGGAGUGCAGGAUAGAAAUUCAAACCCUACCAGUUGUUCAACUGAUCCAUGUUCCAGUGGUUAUUCCCAAACAAAUGACUCUUCUAUGUUAGAUUCUAUUUCAUUUUGUUCAAAUGACAAGAAACAUGUGUAUGCUAGCUACAAAGUAUCUGCCAAAGGAAAUGGUCGAACUAAUUUUUCCAGACCUUCUGGUUAUAUAGCCAGAAAUGGAUUGUAUUUUCUUCCAAAUGUUUUUAGUGGUGUUGGGGAUUCCUAUUGUCACAUGGAGGGAACAAGCUCUUCUGAACACGGAUGUUCCAGAAGUGACGUGGCCCGUAGAGUUGAGCAGAUUAAAAAUAUGCCCAGGAAUCCGAGCAUCUCAUGCUUAAGCAGCUCUGGAAAGUUUACUGGUUGUUCUGGGAAGGAAAAUAGUCACCCCGUCUGGCAGAAGGUUCAGAGGAACGACACUCGUGAAUGCAGCUCUGGGUUGAGAAAUGUAAAAUCAGACAACUCAGAGAGUGGUGGUGGGUUGAAAGAGGUUCCAUUGCUCAAAAAGAAGUCUAAUGGUGCUCAAUCUUGUAUGCUAUCAACACGUGAAGGGAAAAAACACUCAAAACUGAAGUCAUCUAGAAAGUCUAGAAGGAAAAGUAAUCUUGGGUCAAAAGAUGAUGUAGACAAUUAUUCUACAAAGGGAUCAUAUCCUGCCAAGGCAAGCUCAACUGUGUGCAGCAAGAUUAGCAUACAACAGAGUGAAGUAGUUGAUAUAUCAGCACAAUCCGGUGGUAAAAACGUCUUAAAUAGCACUAUGGGUUCUUGUUCUAAGAUUAGUUGCAAAAGAAUUGGUUUUCCGACCAAUGGAGUUGAGUCUAGUACGUCUGAAGCUGUUUGCAACUUAGAAGAUCGCCCCAGUGAGCUGCAGCCGUUUGAACAUAUCUGUGCUACUCUUUCCAUUUUGAAUGAUCAAACUGCCAAAAUAGAAAGUAACUCUCCAUCAGGAUCUUGUGACUAUCCGGACCAAACAGAAUUUGUUGAGGGCCGGUCCACAGGAUACCUUAAUCCUCGUGGAAGUGAAGGUACCAACAUAAGCAAAGAUGUUUCUCAUUUGGAACACAAUAAGCAAGAGCAUACUUGUGAAUCCACUUUGCGAAAAUGGAAACCUAUUGGAAUAAAAGGUUAUGUGGUGUCAAGGUCGGACCAUUCUAGCAGCUUACCAUUGGCCCACUCGCGGGAAAUUGGUUCUGAUCGUGACCAUUCUUCUUCCAUAAAUGCUAGUCUAAUGUGCAGUGGUCAGGGUGCUAUAGAUCGCAUUGGCUUACAUUCUGAAGGUGAAGUCCAGAUCGAGAAGCAUUCAAGUCAGAGAACAUGCACAUCCAAUAAGUCCAGCGUCAAUCAAGUUGCUGCGAAGUGCUUUAGUACCAAUCCAAGAGACCAUAAUUGUUCUGCUGUUGAAAAUGAGUCGAACAAGAUAGCACAAGCGAUCGAUGAUGCCUACAGGGCACAAUUAGCCUCUGAAGCUGUUCAAAUGGCUACAGGAUGUCCUAUUGCUGAGUUUGAAAAGCUUCUUUCUUCUGCUUCCCCCGUUAUUUCUUUACCCUACAGUAUUUCAAGCUGUCAGAAUUGCUUGCCUGAUGAGAUAAUAGGUGCGCCUCUGUGCAGACAUGAGAUGCCCAAUGUCACUUUGGGAAGCCUCUGGCAGUGGUAUGAGAAACAUGGGACUUAUGGUUUAGAAGUAAGGGCGAAAGAUUAUGACAACUCAAAAAGAUUAGGAAUUGAUCGUGUGGCAUUCCGUGCGUAUUUUGUUCCAUUUUUGUCAGCAGUUCAGCUGUUCAGAAACUCUAAGAGUCCUUCAGAUAGUAGCAGUACGGCUUCUGGUAAAGAAGCUGUGGAGGAGGCUUGUACCUUUGACAAAAGACCAGGAAACUCCUCCAAUGUUAGUUGCCUUCCAAUAUUCACUGCACUUUUUCCUCAACCUCACAUGGACACAAGUUCUCUGUCACCAAUGAAUAGCUUAUGUUGCACGGAAAUGUCUUCAGUAGCUGCUGAAGGCAAUGAAGCUAUACAAUCAGAUGAUUCUACGAGCACCGACGAGUUAGAGCUUCUGUUUGAAUAUUUUGAAGUGGAACAACCUCAGAAAAGACGAACAUUGUUCGAAAUGAUAAAGGAGCUUGUUAUAGGUGAUGGACCAUCUCAAUGCAGAGCGUACGGGGAUCCAACUAAGUUAGACUCAGUGGCUCUGAAUGAUCUUCACCAUAAAUCCUGGUACUCAGUGGCUUGGUAUCCAAUUUAUAGAAUUCCAGAUGACAACUUCCGUGCGGCUUUCUUGACUUACCAUUCUCUUGGCCAUUUUGUUUGUCAAAGUGUUGCAUCUGAUUCUUUUGGUGUGGGUGCUUGUGUAGUUUCACCAGUAGUGGGCCUUCAAAGUUAUAAUGCUCAGGGAGAAUGCUGGUUCCAGCUAAGGCAGUCUGAACUUAGCCAAACAAGAGAUAUUGCUCAGUCAAAUUAUUCAGGAAUUCUGAAGGAGCGGUUGAGGACGCUUGAGCAGACCGCGUCUCUUAUGGCAAGAGCUGUUGUAACCAAGAAGGGCAAUCUCACAUCUUCGAAUAGGCAACCCGAUUACGAGUUCUUCCUCUCAAGGCGUCGCUGGUAGCUACUAGCCUAGUUCCAAGUCAUCCUUUUUCAGUUAUGAUGACUAGUUGGUAGUCCUUUUGCUUUCCCUUUCAAGUGUUCAGGUAAACCAACUGCAUUCUAACCUGUGACAGGGAUUAGAAGGUACUUGUACUCAUCUUGUAAUUAGGGGCUUCUUCUGUGUACAGUUUUGCUCGUGUUUUUUUUUUUUUUUUGGUACAAUGGAAACAACGUUUUGCUCAUGUUUACUUGUAUAGUUUUGUACUUCUCUGUUUAACUUCAUGGAAAUAUACAUGCAGGAUUCGAAACGAGGUAAUGCUGACAUUAGUGUAAUAGGUUAUUUGGAUGUAAUUUUGUGCCUUUUGAGUGAGGAAUUAAGUUCAGAGUAUUCCUCUUUUCUGAUGAUUAGAUGGUGUUUUAGCAUAUUUUUAUCUAUGUAACUCAUUUCCUUCUUUCUUUUUGUAUAAUAGAACAUUGGAGUUCGUA